GGGGAAGUUAGACCAAUUUGCAGCGAACGCUGAAAAAGUCACGAAAUUUGGGAACAAAAUCUUGUCAAAAGGCGUUUAAACUUUUGGCAUCCUGGAGAAUAAGGAGACGUGCUCUGGUCUUCAUGACAGAUUAUCUUCAUUGACACUGCGAGAGAGAGAAACGCGUGUUGUAUCACGGGAGGUGCCUGAGGAGGAUAUAUCUGACGACUCUGACAGUAUGCCCCUGCGCAGGAGGAAGGCGUCACCCUCAGUUGACGACCAGAGAGCGAAGAGGGCUAGGCCAAGUUCUAAAAGGUCUGCCAGCAACCGAGACUGUGAUUCGUUUAACAAUAAGAAAUGCAUUUGCUGGUUCCACGAAUAUACUGGUCCUGAUGAAGACUGUAUACUACCCGAGGGCAUGGAAAAGUUCUGUGAAGAUAUUGGAGUGGAACCUGAAAAUAUUGUGAUGUUAGCACUAGCUUAUAAAUUAGAUGCUAGAAAUAUGGGAUUCUUCACGUUAGCUGAAUGGCUCAAGGGCAUGACUGACUUAGGAUGUGAUAACUCCAACAAACUCCAAAAUAAACUGGACUACCUCCGAACACUACUUGAUGAUACUGUAGUAUUCAAAAAUAUAUACAGAUAUGCAUUUGACUUUGCUAGGGAUAAAGCCCAGCGGAGUAUGGACAUUGAUUUAGCCAUAGAAUUGUUACAGCUUCUUUUAGGAAAACACUGGUCUCUUUGUGCAACCUUUCGUCAGUUCUUAGAGCAAUCAAAGUACAAAGUGAUUAACAAAGACCAGUGGUGCAACGUGCUGGAAUUCAGUCGAACAAUAAAGCCCGAUCUAUCCAACUAUGACGAGGAUGGUGCAUGGCCUGUGAUGUUGGACGAAUUCGUCGACUGGAUUAGGGAUCAAAAUUGCCUCGAUCAUCAGAUGUCCUGAGAUACGGCUACCCCGUUGAGAUUUGCUCACCUACACCCAGGCUGUGAUUACGAGUGGAUCACAUCAAAAGACGUCGACGAGAAAUUAGCCAUCCGUUUGCGACGUUAAGCCUUGUGAACUGACCACUCGUGACAGGUUUUUGGAAGCGAUAAACUCUUGAGAAUCUUGGGUGCUGAAUGGAGAGAAGUGGGUCUUACACCAACAGGGCGGUGAUUCGUGGUUGAUUCAUUUCCAUUAAUUAGAAUUAGGCUAAUUGUUCAAGUUUAGCCCAGCGAACUGACCCAUUGUAACAGGUUUUUAGAAGUGAUAGACAUUGAAAGUAAUCGUGGGUGCUGAAUGAGAAAAAAUGGGUCUGACGGGGCAGUGAUUAUUGGUUAAGUCUACUUCGUGAUGUUGAUGAGAAUUUAGCCAUCCGUUAACAUAUUUUAGCCGUGUGAAGUGGCCUAUUGCGAUGUAUUUUUGAAAGGGAUAAACUUUGAAUGAAAUAUUGGAUGCUGAAUGAAGUAAAUUGGGUCUAAAACACCAACAGGGCAUUGGUUGGUGGUUGUUGGUUGUAACCACUCCAGGAUGUCCGUGAGAAAUUUGCAAACAUUGGGUGAUAUGAAUAAAGACUAGCAAAUGCUUUUACUCCGGUUUUGUACAGGAAGGCCUAGUGUAAAUGUACAUGGAGAUUUAGAUAAAAGCAUUUGCUAGUCUUUAUUCAUAUCACCCAUUGUAUAGUCACAACUACUUUCUAGCCUUGGGCCAUGUUUUGGUCGACCUGAAUUUUGGGAAGUUUCGGAAGGAGAAUGUGUAAUUUUAUGCUGGUAUUUGGAAAAUAUGUCAAGCUUUGGCCACUUUGAGAGUCUUCUAUUAAACAGUCAUCCAUAAUUGUGAAUAUUGUAAAGUGCUAAGUCCUGUUUGUGAUUUCAUUCAGUCGAAUAUUUUAGUGCCCUUGGGAAUGAAUGGGGUUGUUAGUGACUUUGAAAUAAUCUCAUAUUUAACAUGUUUAAAAGUUAUAGAAUGACUAUGAUCAUUCAUAAUAGAUAGAAAGCCAGUGGGGGAUCAUCUCAAAAUCGAUUGAAGCCAAAUGAAACUAAGAUUUUUAUUCAUCGAUUUCUUUUGGCUUCAGUCCAUUUUGAGAUGAUCCCUUAAAUGGGCACCAGUUCAUUCCAUUGCAUAUCUUCACUGGCAUUGAAUAUACAUAUUGGUAAAAUUCAGUAUUUCUUCUUGAUGUAUAGAAUUCACUGAUAUUAAGAUCUGAAAACCAUAGGUAGAUGUCGUUAAAGUGCUAAAAGCAAUGACGUAAUUAAUUUAUUGAAGCUAGCUGACAGAAAAGUGCUAAAACGUUAGCUUAAUGUCCAAUAUAUUUAUUGCUGCGUAUGGAAUUUGAAAUUUUUUAAAAAGUGCUUGUUCCAACUGACGCAAUAAAAAUGCAGUUGAGCGUGAUUGUUUCAAAACAACUAUCGUGCGAGAAUGAUUGAAAUUAGUUAGGAAGAUGAGGGAUGAGCCAGGUGUUUGAAAAGUCUUUCCUUUGGAAGUUCCGAGCAAAAGUGUUCACACUUUCAGAUUGGUGUCUGGUUUCUAAACGUGCUCCCAUAUUUGGUGCCGUCUGUGGUAUCAAUUGAGAAACGUUCCACGAGCGAGGUGCUGCCGGGUUUUUUUUACUUGUAUAAAUAUUGUACAAUCGAAAUAGGGAGAUAGUGUUUGUCUUUCAGUGCUCCAGAAAGUGGUUUCGAGGUCAUAUCUGCAGCCUUUUUAGGCUUAGUACUUUAUGUACUAGGUGUUAAGAAAUGAAUUUGACACUUUUGAUUUCUGAUAUCAAGAAUAAUAUCAUUUUUGUAUCCUUUUUGCUGCGCUACAGAAAUGAGAAUUUUCUGCAUACCUGCCUGCCAUCCUUCCUGUGGUGUACAGUUCCGAAUUUUUUUACGUCAGUAAAAUGUGUCAAGAAAGAUGAAGAAAUGAUAAUACCGGUUCUAAUGAAAGAAAUCAUUUGAAUUGUACUCUACUCACUUGUAGAGAUUCUUUAAGAUGGACGCCAUCUUGUUUUCUGUGAUGACAUAAUUUGACCAGAUUUCUGCCAAGUUGAUCUAAGCCAAUAAUUUCUCCCUCCCAUAUCAUUGUUGUUGCAUGCAAGUUCUCCGAUGCACUGGGAAAAUAUGCACAGAAUAGGAGUUAUUUUGAUCAAGAAUCGGUGAUAGCAGCCACCUGCCGUCUUUAUCAAGCCUAGCAGUUACCGAUUUCACCUACAGAUUAAUUUUUUUAUGUCGCAUAUCACAGAGAUUAGUAUCACAGGGUGUGGCAACAAAAUCCCUACAUUACAAGGCGCUGUGGUCAGUAGUGUUGUGUUCAUUUCAAGUGCUUUGUUUGUUAUGUGUUGCCAUAUGCAGAUUUUCUUUUUUUACAUCUGCUCAUAGUCAACAACUUAAGACUAGCACCAAACGAGUGCUAGGUACCUAAGUAAGAUGCUCAAACAUUAUCAUUAUCCAGUUGCUAAUAUCAAGUAUAGAUUGAAAUCUCCACUUGCAAAUAUUUAGGUUCGCCUGGAUGGUAAAAAUACCUAAAUGCACAAACUUGUGUAGAAUUGUUAAUUGUGAGUUGUCAUUGUUGUCAGUUCAGAAGCGUGAUUUUAGUUUUGAGGGUUAGAAGGUGUAAUCUGAUCAGUAAUUUCAAACUUCUGUAUAAUGCCUUAAUCUGUUGCCGAUUUCACCAAGCAACCAAGCUGCAAACCGCUUCGAAGAAAUAAUUUAUGUGAGUUUUUAUGUUGGUGAGGCAAUCCAGGUGGCACCACUGUCUCAAAUUUAGAAAACUGCAGUUGGGUUUCUCUGUAAAAUCAGCGACAGAUUGUUUCGUCAAACAUAAUCGGUGAUACCAAGAAUUCAUAAAGAGUGGUCUUUAUUAAUAUUCUUGAUAUGUGCACAUAUGUAUUUUGCAAUCCAUGAUACGCAGUUUAUGAUGCGAGCAGUUGUCAAAAUAAGCAGUUUUGUAAAAAGUACCUCUUCUUGUUGGUAAUUCAAGACGAGAUUGAAAAGUGGUGAUUAUUUUUACCAAAAUUGUAAAGAUGAAAGAACUUUAAAAUGCCGAAUUUUCACAAUUUUUAUUUUGGUGGAUUUCCAAAUUUCUUUAAUUUUUUCCCGAUCAAAAAACACAUUUUUUUACAAGUUUUGUUUUUCGCCAAUCUAUCUCAUUUGUAAAAUCCGCCAAAAUAAAAUGUCUGCAUAUUUUUGGCGAUUUACAGUACUUUUAUCUGUUGAAAGGAACGCGGUCAAAAGUGAUGAAACUUGCCAAAAAAUGUGAUUAUAGUAACUUGUAAAUUAUUAAAGGUUACCUGCAUAUAUACGCCGCAUCAAAAACCCAUUUAUUCAAAAGUACAUGCACUUUAAAUGGGUUCUUUGUCGCAUUGAUGGCCACGAAUCAUUUUUUUAAGACUGUAUAAAACAAGAGUGAAAAAAAACUCGCUUUUUCGUAUUGUGUUUUAUUGUCAUGUUUUACAAUGUAUUGUCAUGUUCAAAAAGGAUCAAAAAGGAUCACAAUUGCCUUACACUUCAGUGUUAAGUAUGAGGUCUUUGAGAAACUGGUUGUCUUACCAAACGUCGCUCGAGUCGAGCUGUCAUUUCACUGAAGCGCUUCGGGUGCACUACAUUUCAAGUAUAACCUCACUAUCUUUGCUGAGACAACCAAUACCCCAAGUUCCUUAAAUCCAUUAAGCGCUUGGGGAAAAUCCAAAUUAAAAAAAUUGAAGUUUAUCAUAAUCUGUUCUUCACUGUUUUGGGGGUUUGGAUGUGGGGAUGGGUAACUGAUCAAAUUAAAAUGCCCAAGAUGAUAGAGCAUUUGCUAGCUUCCUAUUGGUUUUGUGCUCCCAAAAUAAUCACAAAUUGUUUCAUGGAUGGGUAGGGUUUUCUGGUGUUGAGGGAAUGGAUUGAGUUAAAUGGCCAAAGCUCACCUUUCUUAUUCAGUGUUGUUCGGAACCUACUCUCAUUUGUAUUUUAUUCAUUGAAUAAAACAUUAAAAUUUGUAAAAACAAGUUGUACAUAUAGAUUUCUUUAUUCUCAGAAUCUGCAGGAUUUAUGAUAUCUUAGUUGAUCCAUU